AUGGCGUCCGUCCGCCAGGCCUGCCGCCCGAGGCACCAGGUCUUGACGCUGAAGUGCUAUCCGCAAUACCAGAAGGGAGUCGUGGAAGUCAAGCCGAACCCGAGCGAGCUGUCAUACCUGCUAUACUAUCUGAGCACGCGUCGCAGCAAGCUGACUAAGGUCGGCGCUUUUCUUACAAAACGAGUCUCUAAAGAUGUCUGGAGGCGCAGAUUGGGAAAUGUUCAGGUUGCGCUUCACAUUCUGACCGCGCUCAUCGAAAAAUGUCCGCGCGACCUGCCCAUCUACGCGCGCUUCGUCCUUACUAUCAUCGAAACCGUCCUAUGCUCAAAUGACAUUUCCAUGGUGGAAGAUUCGAUCGCGACCUUUGAGACCUUCUGUCGGCACCAGGACAUCGCAAUCAUCGCAGCGGAACAAAGUCUCGCCCAGCAAUACAGAGAAGUUGUGCGAUGCUACGCCAACUUUGCGGAUCCUUCAUCCUCGACCUACUCUCCUACCAAAGUCAGCCUUCCCGUAGCAAUUCGAUGGAGAAACGCCGGUCUGCGUGCGAUCAAGGGUGUCGUCAGUUCUGAGAGCCUUGCCGCUGAUGGAGGGACAUCCUUGAAACUCAUUCUGCCUGUCAUUUUGGAAAACCUUUACUCGGAAGCUGAAGACGUGCUGGUUCCGCUCAAGGUCAGGCUUCACGAGACCGACAGGGCUGAAGACGAUGCGACUCGACCCCGCCGAAUGAGCGUCACAACAGUUCACACGGUUGACACUGCCGAAGGUGACCCGGCACUAGCAGCACAGUCAACGGCCGAUGCAGAUAAACAAGCAGAAAUGAAUGCGCGAUUGCUGGCCUUGCGCUGUCUUGAGAGAAUCAUUGUAUCCGGGAGCAACCGGGGCCAAAUUCGAGUUGCAGCUUCAGUCGCUCUACAAUUCAUUGCCAGCAAACGAUUUCCCGAAACAGCUAUUCAAGACCAAUCCGGCGCCGCGAAAGAAGGUGGAAACUGGGCUACUUCUCUCAUUGAGCUGAUUGCAAAUUGGUGCCCCGUCCAGGUCCGGUUUGUCAUUUUAAUGGCUGCCAUGGACAUUUUGCACGAAACAAAGCCCACGGAAGACGCUCUGGACUCCUCCUUCACCAUUCUUUCUGUGGUGGACUGGCUUCUAAAGUCAUCGGUCAACAUGAUCGGGCUGAGUGUCAUGGACAUAUUAUUCGGCCUCAUGCACUACGUCUCCGAGAUUCUAUCCAACUCUGGUCAACCUGGUGCCGAGGACCCCGAGAAAAACACGGAAUCGCAAAUUGACGGGGCAGGGCCUAUAACGGAACGGAGAAAAAGCUUACUUACCCUGUUAGAACAGUGCAUUGGUGAUCUGGCAACCCAUAUCUAUUACGGAGACCAAGUUGCUGAUAUGAUCCGGGCAAUCCUGCGGCGCUUCAAACCAACUGCAACCAUGGAUAGUGCUGCACAGUCUUCCCUGGCUACGGUUCAUGAAGCAGGCGUGGCGCCGCCUGCUGAAACUACUCAGACGGGAGAUGCCAAUGGAGAAAAGACGCACGGGGAUGCGAUUUCUCAUGAUGCCGCCAAAUUGACUGCCCUCCGGGCCGUGAAAGCCAUUCUACUGGUGUCUAACUUGAGAGCCCCGGGUGUCGCCAGUAGUCCUGAAUCUCGGAACCAAGUGGGUAUCCACGUGUGGGAAGGAACGCAAGGGCUUCUGCGAGACUCCGAUCAGGAAGUUCGUCGCGCGUAUGCCGAUGCCUUCCUAACAUGGCUCUCACUUGAGACCAACAAGCGUGAUCUCAAAGUGCGAGUGGAUAUUCCGAAGUAUAUCAAGCCGUCAUCAAAACGCGAUUCCGAGCAACCGGACAAGACGAAUCGGCGGAGCACCUCAGCCCCGGGUAACCAGAGGGAAAAAGUGGCCCUGGCUGCGCAAUCAACCUUCCUGCGCCUGCUGCACCUGGCUAUCUACGAUGCUGCUCUUGAAAGCCCCACGGCCGAGUCAGAAAUACUCCUUCUUCACCUUCUUCUAGCAAGCCUUGUCGAAAAAUUGGGAGUCAAUGCAGUCCAAUAUGGUCUUCCUAUGGUUCUGAAACUACAAGAGGAUCUGUACACCUCUGUUGAUCUGGGAAGAUUUGCGGCUCGCGUCAAUAUCGGUAGCCUCGUUCACGGAUAUCUGCUGGCUUUGUCGGAGAAGUUCAAUUUCGAGUCUACGCAUGCAGGUGUCGAAGUCCGCAAUGAAAUUGAGAAACGACAAAGCAAAAAACAGUGGUUUCCCAAGAUUCGGUUGCCCCCGGCUGGCUUGGAUGGUAUCCCCGUCGAUCAGGCACCAUCCACCAACGACGAGUCCACCUCGUCCAUUACUCUGACGCCUUUCCGAAAUGUCGAUGACCUUGUCAAUGGAAUUGACGAUGCCUACCGCCAAACCAUCUCCUCGCCGCCGCAGAGCCCACCAACCUCCCCGCCGGCACGAGGGUUUAGCUUCCCAGUCUUGAAUCACGCCUCCGUGGCACCGCAGUCCAAAACAGAUAGCGGCCUUCCAUCAUCCGUCAGAGAACAGAUGCUAUCGGCUUGGUCCCGGGAGUCUUGUUUGGCCGCCGUGGAGAAGGAGAGUAUCAAGACUCUGUCCAUCAACGGCUCGCGCGGAGGUACUAUCACUCGCAACGGCCAGGCUAACGGCGCUGCAAACGGCUCCCCUGCCGGCUCGGCUUCUAACAAACACCGCCGAAUGAGUGUUCCUGAGAUUUCGCGCACCUCGGAGCCUAGCUCCACCCGAGGGUCCCCAGUCCGCGUCACCGAGUUGCGUCGUGUGCUGUCUGUGAAUCACGACACCCAGCCUCGGAAAUUGAGCCCACUGCGUGGCCAGCUUGAUGCCUCGAAUGCCAGUGUAGUGUCUUCCGGUAGUGAAAGCAUGGUCAGUGCUGCUUUCUCAGUCUAUGGGGUGGAUGGAGAUGGCGCGUCUGUUCAGCAAGACGGAGAGCAGACACCGGAAGAAGAUGGCGUGGAAACACCCCGGGCAUCAGCAUCAGAAAUUGCUCUUUCGGGGAACAAGACCCCAACAGAUCCUCAAGUGCCGACACUGAGCCGGGUGAACUCCGAAGAAGAUAUUCCUCCAGUUCCUCCCAUUCCUCCCAGUCUCUCCAUCCCCGGUGGCUUCCCAAACGACUCGCAGCGGUCUUUAGUUUCAGUUGAUCGCCCAGCGACUGCUCCCGAUACCUCGCGGCAGUUUUCAGUGAAGGACAAGUCUGAAGCAGCCCAGAAUUCUCGAAACGCGAACCUUACCCGCAAUAAAAGCCGAUCCAACAAUAACCUCGCUGCUGGCAUCAGUGAGGUCUUCCGGGGCGCCGAGACCAACGGGUCUGACGCUCUGGACAGUGCCCAACGAGCCCAACUGAGGAGGAUUCUAGACGGGUACCUCUCGCCCGAUGGCAGCAUACUGGCGAAUGGAGACCGACCGGCAACCGCAAUCCCGGCCUCCAAGGCCCCGCUGGGCGGCGGCUACACCAGCAGACGGCAAGUUAGUGGCAAUGGUAUCGGACGACCCCCCUACUAG